UGAACGAUUUGUUUGAACGAAUCUUUCUACUGAACGAACCGGAAUGGAUUCGUUUACUCAAGUGAACGACAGAUCCCGUCACUAUCUUGAUGUAGUUUUACUCAGAGCCGUGGAAAACAGAGUUGCAACAUCCCCAUAGGGAUCCAUUAUACGAUUUUACUUCCGGGUAGCGGAGCCUCGGGUAGUUCCAAACAUCGCUUCGAAGAGGGCAGACCGCAUUCAUAUGAAUGGCUGGUUGGAAGCAUAUUCGGAGGUGCACAUGUUCCAACUGUGUGGCCAUGGGCACUCAGAUCGAGAGUCGCUGCUGCAUGGAGAGACCUCAGAUCCUCACGAAGAUGGAAGAGUAUCGGGACCAGACAGAUUCAGCAUUGUCCUGCAUGACAGAGCACCCUGGAUUUACUGCUAACUGUCUGAACCAGUGGGUACUUGAGGUGGCGUACCUGCAGUACAAACAACAGUACAAGGAAACACUGGAACUUGCACAAAAUGAGAUAUACAGACACACAGCUUAUUGGCAGCUGGUCAGAUGGUGUUGGGGAAUCAUUGGACGUAAUAACAGAGUGACGUUACAUUCAUGCUGUGUGAGCAAAAUAAGAAACACCUUCCCAAAUGUAGAGGGAGUGUACACAGGCUUUAGGAUGCCAGUUUUGUGAAAUCACAUUUUGUAAAUUGUACAAGAAAAACUACAUGUAUAUUAGAAAUUACAAUGUGAAGGACAACCUGUCAUUGAUUCAAAUAAUAAU